AAAAAAGUAGUUAAAGUGGUUAGAAAAAUCGAUAGGUCGAAGUCUUAGUCGGUCCUUGGCCCGAGAGCUUUGGUGGUUCGAAGGGAGGAGGGAUAAUAGGGAAGCAGCAUCGUAUACAUACACACACACAUACACACACACAUACACAUUCACCUUCACAUUCGCAUUCACACUCACAUUCACAUACAUAUACACAUACAAAUGUAUACAUAUAUCCUAUCCAUACGUAGUUGUGUAGUCGCUGAGUAGAAAGAGUGGGGAGAUGUCAGACUGGAAGGGAGAGGAGCGGCGCAGGAGGAAAGCGCGGCACAGCCGAGCAGCCGGCAGUCUGCGCACGGACAUCGAUCGAGGUUCACGUUCCGCAUUUACCGCAUCCGUCCUGUUCUCUCAUUCGCACACACUCUUCUGUUUCCUUCCUUCCUUCCUCCUUCCUUCCUUUUUUCUCUCCUUGCUUCCUCCUUCUUCCUUCCUUAACUUCCGUUCUCGAGAUAUUAUCGGAAUACAAUAUCGCGUGUCGCACUUGGAAUCAUCGAUCAUCGAUCAUCGAUCUUCUUCCGUUUUUUUUUUCUUUUCUCCUAUUUUUUCUUUCCUUUUGCUUCUUUUUCUCCUUUCCUUCGUAUUUUUCUUUUCUUUCCCUCCUUGUGCAUUUUUUUUCUCUAUUUUCUUCUUCGUUUUUUUUCUUUUGGUGGAGAGACGAAGUAACGAAUAUUUUCUUGUGAGUUUGUGUGCGAAGGGAGAAGACACGGAAGAGGGAGAAGAAGAGAGAGAGAGAGAGAGAGAGAGAGAGGAAGAAAUUGAUAUAUUUUAUCUUAUGGUUUUUCUUACAAAUUAAAUAAGAUCGAUACGAUCGAUCACAAGAAGAUGAUCUAAAGACGAUGAAUCUACGCUGAUCCUGUUAUUUCCGAUUCUCGAAGAGCGAUGUUCAAACGAUUAUCGAAAUCGAGGCGGCACAGUGCCGAUGACGUCGGUCUUGCUUUACCGAGAAGUCCGAAUUUGGAGGAAUCAGAGACUCAACAAAGUAUCAGUCCGAUUCCAGUUUCUCGGGACAAUUCUCAAGGAUUGAGUCCUGCGGCGUUACUUAGGAUCUCCAGGACGAAAUACAGCCGAAGAAGUUGCGGCGAUGCUACAGCGAUGCAAGCGUUACUUUCUUCGAAGCAGGACGAGGAACAUGAGGUCGUUGAGGUUGACUACCGGAGUGACUAUCAGACCGACUAUCAGAUGGUCACAGCUGUGCCGGCGUUCAUCGUCGAGCAUGAGCCCGAAAAACAACGAGGGUCAAGCUUAGGAGUCUGGGGCCGUAGGAUGAGCAAAAAGAUAGACUCCUUUCGUAGGGCUGGUUCCCGUGAAACGAUUUGUUCCCUAGAAAGAUCCGACCCUAGCGCCAACAAUAAUAACAAUGAAUCUAGUAACAACAAUAACAACAAUGGCAAUAUAAAUCCUACGUUGAACAAGACGACGUUGCAAUCGCAGAAGACGGAUUCAAAGCUGGAGUCGAAGAGGUUAUCAGGAAAUUCUCAGAGAUCACCGUCGCCCUUCAAAUCGUUUUUCAUUCGUAUGGGUUCGACCGGUAUGUUAAAUUCGACAAGGAUCAACAGACGUUCCGCGAACGUCGACGUCGGUUCGAAAUCUACGGAGAAAGAGAAUCUAUUUAGAAGUUGCAGUACGAGUCAAUUGAACACGAGUCCGACAUACGUGAAGGGAGAUGAUCCAUCCGAAGGGAUCGAUCUUCGGAUCGCGGCACGUAAGGACAAGACGGUAUCCUGCGACGAUUUGGCUGCUCGAAGAAACGACGAUGUCUUCGACGAUCCUACCGACGACGUAUCACCAUCCGUAUGUCAAUCUGGAAGUCUUUCCGGUAGUCCAACUGGUAGCCCGUCGGCCAGUCCCUCGGGAAGUCCGUCAACGAGAAAUUUCAAGCCGUGCGAUUUUGGACGAUCAAGAAUGGAAUCGGCAAUGAGGAAGAGUAGCAGCUGCGACUUCAAAGAAGCCAAGAAGUCUAGUUUCCCGUACGCUUUUCUGAGAUCGAAGUUAUCUGUUCUGCCCGAGGAACGUCACGGAUCGUUCGUUUCGAAAGACGAAAGAUUGUUCAAGACUGCGUCGGAGGAACAUUUUCCGGCGUUGAAGAUAGAGGACACUUACACCGGUACGACUACGUUAGGACGUAAACGAUCUAGAAAUGGUAAUUUAGGUCGUGGUAACGUUUCUUCGAGGUACCAAGAGACGACGAAGCCACCGAGGAAUUCAUACGUGGAAUUUCGAAAAAAACAGGAAAGGUACAGCCUGAAUCCUAGCGAGCUCGAGCGUAUAGAGGACUCGACGUUUCAUCAGGAAGAUUCGUCGCGUUACGGUGCGUACGUUAGCGUUAGUCCGAUGUCACUUGCACGGGGAAACGUUCCAAGUGUUCAUAGAUCCGAGAUCAAUCAGGACAGACUGGACUUUCCUGGCAGAACGAUGGAUCUUAGAUUUUCCGAGACGUCUUCGUUGAACGUCGAACUCGACGUAACUGCCACGUUGAGAAUCGACAGAAGGAAUUCAGCUCCCAGUGGCGAACAAAGGCUAUCGUCUCAUUACGUCAGUUCGAACGAGUCUGGUUACGACAGCGACGGUCCUAGGGGCGAAUCGGCAGCUGCGUCGGAGAACGAAGCAUUGAGUUUGAAAUGUACGGAUAGCUCGGACACCAGUAGCGUUAUAGAUUCCGAAUUGGAAAAGCCUAUUAGGAGUUCGACCCCCAGCGAGUGUCAGGAUCAAGAACAGAAAGAAUUGAGGAAGGGCUCGACGAACGAGACGAGGAUUGACUCGUCAGAAAUAGGCGAUGUGAUAGACGGUCUGAGAUGGCAUCAGAGUACCUCUGGUAGGUUGCUACCGAGCAUCCAUCAGACUUCGUUCGACAACGCCACUACGAAUUCUCAUUUUCCUGUCUGCGGCGAUGGUUCAAGCGGUAUUGCCAACGUAACGAAACCUCUCGACGUGUCACCGCAUCGGAUAAGAUUGCAACAAGAUAAGACUCGCUUCCUCAGCGAUAUCAUACAGCCACCAAAGAGAGUCAGACGUUGUCGUAUAGUCCAACUUCAGAAGAGAGAUCCGAAAGAGAGUUUGGGAAUACGAUUGGCUCAGCAAAGACUCGGAGAGAUCCGUUAUAUCGUCGUACAGCUAGAAAGCGAUGGGAUAGCUCAUAGGGACGGUAGGCUAAGACUCGGUGACGAGAUCGUCGAAGUCGAAGGGAAGGAGUUACGAACUCUUGAGAGUCUCGAGGAGGUCCAAGAGUUCCUUAGAUCGUUUACAGGAAAUAAGAUAAGAUUGAUGACAGCUUACGAGGAAACGGUGCCCCAGGUCUACGUAGCACCGCCAACACCAACCUCAACCUCAACCGCUCUACCUGGCGAGUACGAGUAUCUGGAAAAUGCGAAGAAUCUUUCGAACAUGUCGUUGAUCGACGACAAAUCGAAGGAAGGUUCAUCGAAAGACAGUAAGGUCAAUGAGGAUACAACACGAUCUAGCAAACGACCUGACUUUCUACCCCUCUCCUGCCUGUCGAAGAAUCAUCGAAAGGACUCGGAGAAUGGUUUCGAGGCUAACACCGAAUCACAGCACUAUCUGACGAAACACGUCGCCAAGUUUGAAAAGGGCUACGGGAAGCCGAGUUUGGGAUUUAGCGUUGUAGGUGGAAGGGACAGUCCGCGUGGUGAAAUGGGCAUUUUCGUCAGACGUGUCUUUCCAGGUGGACAAGCCGACGUAUCCAAGUCGUUGUUCCAAGGCGACGAAAUCGUGAGUUUGAAUGGGAAGAUCUUGAAGGGUCACACGCAUCAGGAAGUGAUCGAAUUGUUCAAAGCGGUUAGAGAAGGUCCGGUCGAGUUAGAAAUAACGAGGCGACACAGGUAUCCUAAGAGCACCCUGAAAUCGACACCGUACUAAGAAAAAAAAAAAAAGAAAGAAAGAAAACAAAAAGAAAAAGAAAAUGGAAAGAAAACGAGAAAAAAAACGAGGCUAUAUAAACAACGACGCGAAACUGCCCACCGGAAGUGCUCUUUCGAAUUUAAUUCUAAGCGAACGAACCGUGGCGCAAACGACCUACGAAGUUUUAGGAUUCUAGUCUUUCACGAAAAAGAAGCAAAAAGGGAAAAAAAGUAAAAAGGAAAAAAAGAAAAGAAACAAAAAAAAAAUUAGAGGGAGAAAAAGCAAAAGAAAAGAGAAAAUAACGAAAAAAAAAAAAAAGCAGAAAGAUAAAAAAAGCACAGGAAUCUUCGAAUUUUUAUAUAUGCUCGUUUAGAUUAAUUUAUUAAUCGUCGAUUGCCUAGCAAAUUGAAUUUAUUUUAUUUGCGCAUUACGAUAAUGACUAUAGCAAUUAUUAUUAUUACUAUUAUUAUUAUUUUCUUUUUAUUUUUAUUAUUAUGAUUAUUAUUAGACGUUAUCAAAAAUGUUUAUCAAGAUUUUAAUAUGACUUCAUCGACGCCGCGCGAAGAUCGAUUUUAAUAUUGACUAUCUUUUAACAUUAUUUUAUAUUAUUUUAUUUUAUUUUUCUUUCUUUUUUCUUUUUCUUUUUUUUUUUUUUUUUUUUUUUUUUUAAU